UUACUGAAAACUUAGAUUAAUAAUUUUCAGAAAAAGAAAUUUUCAACCUUUGGUUAAAAUGGAGUAAUGGAGACAUGGAAUUCUCGAUUUAAACCAAAGUACAUUUUGCUGUUUAUUCUGUUAUUGUUUAAAAGCGUUGAAUUAUCCAGUGAGAGUUCAUACAACCCAUAUUCACCAAGAAUACUGUGCUCAUUAUUACCAGAAGAAUUCUUGAUUUGUGAAAAUCCAAACUUCUUCAAUACCACGUCUAACGGGACAGGAGUGGACCAAUUUGUUUGCCCGAAAGUGGAUAGUGUGAAGUACAAAUACUCUCAAGUUCCUCAAACCUCCGUACUUUGCAAAGUAGUGGAUUCUACAAUUGACUGCGUGGGUGAGCGGUCGUUUUAUAAAGGUGGAUUCCCCUGCUUAAGGUACACAGGUUAUUACUUCGUUACCACUCUUAUCCAAUCUGUGUUUCUUGGCUGUCUUGGUGUCGAUCGCUUUUGUCUCAAGCACACGUGUACUGGGAUUGCUAAAGCUUUAACACUGGGUGGUAUAGGGGUGUGGUGGUUUGUUGACAUUAUUCUGCUUCUUACUGGGAACUUGGCCCCUGCUGAUCUCAGCCACUGGUGUGUUUAUUAUUAAAGAUGGCUGAGGUUGAAGAUCGGAAGAUUGUCGACCUUUUUAACGAGGUUUGGAGCGCAGAGAAAGAAAUUUCAAACUCCUGUGACACUCUGUCAGAUAAAAUACAAGGUUUGAUAGCGGACACUCUCGCUACAUUAUCCGUGUUGUCGCAAUCAAUUGAACAGCUCAGUAUGUUUAGUCAUAAUGAAGAAGUUGAUGAGAUUUCCACACAAGAUAUAAGAUACCUCAUGCUCAAUGCAUUGGCUGGGCAUUUAAUAUCAAAAAAGAAAUGUCAAGUCCAACAGAGACUUGAGAUUCUUACCAAAAGCCGGGAAUUUUACGUUGAAUUCCUUAAAAUUUGCAGAGAUUACGGCAUAGGUCCCCUCGGUGAAAUACACCAAGUUUUAAAACCUGCUUCAGAUGAAGAAGCAUUGCUGAAACAUUUUCCUCAAAAAGCAAAAGACUUAAGCUCCAUGACGCGGGCAAGAGAGGCGAAAAUUGAAAAAUAUAAACAAUCGAAACUUAUGGAACAGCAGCUGUCUGAACUCCAGCAUAACUUAGGUAAUGAUGAACAAUGUAGAAAGUACUGGCUACUAGUUCUAAAUAAGUGGGUGAACCAUGUUAUAGAAGAGAUGGGUAAUAUGGAUAUGGAAAUAUCUAUGUUGAAACGAAUGCAAAACAUACCUAAGUCGCAAAUUGAGGAAGAUCGGAGAAAUUUACGGGAGUCAAUAAAACCGAUGCAGCCGUUUAUUUUGACUAAAGAUAAACUACAAGCUGCUGUGUAUGGAGCUGGCUACCCUAGCUUACCCACUGUUACAUUGGACGAGUAUUAUGAGAGAGAAGCGGCUGCUGGGAGAAUGCCGGACCAAGCGUCAAAACCUGCAUCGGAUAAAAAGGAAGAUGAAGAUUCCGAUGAUGAUUUUUCCGACGAAAAACUAAAGAAAAAAAGAGAAUUUGAUGAUUGGAAAGACACCCAUCGUAGGGGGGCUGGCAAUCGUAAAAAUAUGGGAUAAUGUUGUUAAAAUGAUAGCUAAUACAGUAAUUGGAUAUAGUGCAGUUUGAUUGACUUCUAAAACUACAAUCCCCUAAUACAUUAUUCAUGCAACAAUAUCUAUUAUUAACUCACAAGUGUAAGGUCUCAUAAAUCUAUUGCAACUUCACUUGUCAUAUUUUUGGCCCGCUGUUCCUAUUGUGGCUUAACAAUCGACUGAUGUUUCAAAAUUGUUUAUUGAGGUUGUUCUAUUUCAAUGGCACAUUUGUUUGUUGUGCCACUGUCAUGAUCAAGUGCCAGGGCCGUGGUAUCAUAUUUAAAUGACGAUUGCCGCUUAUUUAAGUGGCACUAGCAGUAUUUUCAUUGUUGUGUUUUAAUAAAACAAGCAAAGUUACAAUCGUAUUAAAUAUUCAAACCAGUCUGUUUUCACCAAACUCGCAUAAAUUGAAAAGUCUGUUAUUUUUUAAAACAUUAAAAAUUCAAUUUUAAAUUUCAAAACAAUUCCAUUUAAGAAAAAAAAUCACUUUUUUAUUGAUUUUGAAAUAUUUUUUUUUUGAAUUUGAUUUUUAUAACAUAAGCACAGGCACUAUUUAUAAACACUUAUCACAUUAAAUAUUUAUUUCCACACUGCAUAAAUGUCACUACAGCAAAAUUAAAACUCUAUUCGGUUUUACAAUCUAUUUGAUUUGGACUAAGGACCUUGUUCACUCUUGCACCACUCUAUGUUAAACAUUAAUCUCUGUCAAUAUUUUGCAA